AAUUUCGCCCAUCGUGCAAAUCAUCUGUCAGUCGUCUGAGUCCCCCAUCCGAUUAGGACCUACUCGAGUCUCGUUUAGGUCAUUCGCAAAAAUUUUGAAAUCUUGGUGUCUUGUUGUACUUUCAACAAUAACAACAACCGCGAGAGCAGGCAAGCAAAAAUAAAGCUCCGAGCAAAACACAACUGCCACCACCCAGCAACAACAAAAACUAAAACAAACUACCAUCCCCAUUGCUGCCAUCUGUGGAAUUGCCUUUCCAACCAUGAGUCGUCUGCUAUUAAAUAAUUCCAAUGCUGCUGCCGCUGUCCAGCGCGCCACUGUUGGUGCACUGAGAGAGCCGGUAGCGGCAACCGCUAUUUCCAAGCAGCACAUCUCUCGCCGUUGGAAAUCAUUGUUGAUUCAUGUCAAUAAGCAGCACAAACAACAGCAACUUCAGAGACGUCAGAUUUCUUCGGCACUUACUUCGUCAUCGGCUCAGACUUUUAACGCGCGCUGUAGUAAUUUGUCGUCUGCCUCGAAAUAUUGUCGCGCUCUCAGUACCAGUGCGGUAGAUCAAGCAAAAAUGUCGGGAACCGGAAAAUGUUUACAAUUGGAGAAUAUCAAUCCAAAUUUCAUCACCAUGGAAUAUGCCGUUCGUGGUCCCUUGGUCAUCAGAGCGGGUGAAAUCGAAAAAGAAUUAAAACAGGGCGUCAAAAAACCUUUCGAUUAUGUCAUCCGUGCAAAUAUUGGUGAUUGUCAUGCUAUGGGACAGAAGCCCAUUACUUUUCUUAGACAACUCCUCAACUUAACUUUUGAUCCUGAAUUGAUAAAAUCUCCCAAUUAUCCUGAUGAUGUUAAGGCUCGUGCCAAAACCGUCUUAGAAGGCUGCCAAGGUGGUUCGGUGGGUUCAUACACAGAUUCGGCAGGCAUUGAAGUCAUUCGCCGUCAAGUAGCCGAAUUUAUUGCUGCCCGUGAUGGUGUACCCUGCGAUUGGCGUAACAUUUUCCUCACUGCCGGAGCUUCACCUGGUAUUAAAAGUGUUUUGUCCUUGUUGAGAUGUAAAGUUGGUGGAAAAGCUCCUGGCAUUAUGGUACCCAUUCCCCAAUAUCCCUUAUAUUCGGCCACCAUUGCCGAGUAUGGCAUGACCAAGGUGGACUACUAUUUGGAAGAAGAAACCGGCUGGAGUUUAUCAACCAAGGAAUUGCAACGUUCUUACGAUGAGGCCAAAAAGACCUGCAAUCCACGCGCCAUUGUUGUCAUCAACCCUGGCAAUCCCACCGGCCAGGUCUUGACCAGACAGAAUAUUGAAGAAAUUAUUAAAUUUGCUCAAAAGAAUAAGCUCUUCAUUUUGGCCGAUGAAGUGUACCAGGAUAACAUUUACGAUAAAGAUUCGAAAUUCUUCUCGUUCAAAAAGGUUUUAACCGAAAUGGGCCCACCCUACAGUGAAAUGGAAUUGGCCAGUUUCAUGUCCACCUCCAAGGGAUAUUUGGGUGAAUGUGGUAUUCGUGGUGGCUAUAUGGAAAUCAUCAAUAUGUGUCCCCAGGUUAUGGCUAUGUUGACCAAGUCUAUUACAGCUAGUCUGUGUGGCACCACUGCCGGUCAAGUGGCUGUCAGUGCCUUGGUAAAUCCUCCCAAACCCGGAGAGCCUUCACAUAAAAAAUACUUGGAAGAAAGAAAUGGCAUUUUGGGUGCCUUAAAGGAACGUGCUGAACUGGUGCACAAAACUCUUUCCAGUUUUGAAGGCUACAAGGUUAACAAGGUACAGGGAGCUAUGUAUGUAUUCCCACAAGUUGAAAUUCCACCUAAGGCUAUAGAAGCUGCCAAGGCCAAGAACAUGGCUGCCGAUGUGUUUUAUGCAACACAACUUUUGGAAUCUACUGGUAUCUGCAUUGUUGCUGGCACUGGUUUUGGCCAAAAACCUGGAACCUAUCACUACCGCAGCACCAUCUUACCUCAAACCGAUGUGUUGAAAGACAUGAUGAACAAAUUCCAAAAAUUCCAUGCUGAAUUUAUGAAGCAAUACAAGUAGAUGGCAGUACUACAACUACUACAUGCUGCUGCUGCUGCUGCUGCUGGGAAUGCAUCACAAUCACACAUUUUGUUUCCCCAACCCAACAAAGCAAACCCCUUAUAUAUCCCUAUACCUCUAUGAGUUUUUUUUUCUUACCCUUUGAAAUGUGUGAUCCUUAGAUACAAUUGCCUCAAACGAAGUGUUUUUUUUGUCGUUGUUAUUUAUGUAUAACAAACAAAUACUUGAACAUAUACACAUAUGUUUAAUAAUAUAUAAAUUAUUGUCGUUAAUUAUGUUUAGAAUGCGAAAUUCAAGUGAUAUAAAAGAAACAACAUUGUGUUUUUUUUCUAACUUGUUGAAUUUGAUAUUUUUUUAGAUAGAAUUAUCAAUGCUACUGCUGCAUCAUUAUCAAUUGUGGUCUAAUGAGAUUAUAUCCACUCUACUUGCACAUCACCACAAACAUUUAUUUUAUAUACCGUUAUUCUAUAAAUGUAUUCUCUUAUAUAUACACAUAGUAUAUUGUUUUUGUAAAAACACUGUUGUAAUAUAGUCGGAAAAACUA